AUGGGGCUCAUUGCUGGCGCCGUGGCGGUCUUCCUCCUGGACUCUGUCUUCGUCCUCGCACGAGUGCUCUUCUCAUCGCGCUGUGGAGCAGUCGACCUGCUCUUGCUUGCGGGCCGUCUGGUGGGGGGUUCCUUCCUUGCGGCUCUGGCGUUGCGCCUCGUCAAGGGCCGGCCCUUGCUCGAUGUAGAGCUCAACUCCAACGUCUCCGAGCAGCAGCAGCAGUUGAAGCGCAAAGAAAAGGGAGAGAAGUGGUCCAGCCUCUUGCUGUUCCUUGCGUUCUUCUACCUCAGCGCUUGCUCCUUACGGGUUGCCUUGGAGGUAGUGACCGUGGACGUUUCCAGCUUCUGGAACAGCCUUUGGGUGGUUAUCGAGAUUUUGAGCUUGCCCAUCAUGCAGCUGGAGUUUGUUUUCAUCAAAGGUUUGGUUGAGGAGAUGAGUGCAGGGGACGGUGUGAAGCUGUCCCUUCACGAGCACCUCCUCUACUGGAAUGAUGUUGAGAACAAGGGCUUCGUGGAGUGCUCCGUUUGCAAUGAGAAGGUGGGUGAGCGAACUGGGGGUUUCUUGGUGGUGCAGUGUCGACAGUGUACGGGAAAUGAGUGGGGGCAUGGCGGCUUUCAGGUGUGCACCUGCUGCUUCCGAAAGAAUGCACGAGGAGGGAGUGCAGGUGGUCUGCUUCGGGGCGACAAAGGACCCAAGCACAUGGCACGCCUCACAGUGAUGCAAUACAUCCGUCGCCUUGCUGCGCAGGUUCAGGUUUCCACGCUGGCGAUGGUGGCAAUCAGUGUUGCUUGCAGUCAGUCCCUGAACGCGUAUAUUCCCAAGACUCAGGGAGACAUCAUCACUGCCCUGACAACUGGCUCAAAGGACAGUUUCGAUCACUACCUCACAGACUUUGCAUGCCUGGUGGUAGCGCAGGCAGUGGCGGCAACAGCCUUGAGCGUUACCAGCAGAGCUCUCAGCGCACGCCUUUUCUCCGACAUGUCCAUCAAACUCUUUGCCUCGCUGCUGAAACAGGACAUCGCCUUCUAUGACCACACCAUGACGGGGCAGAUGAGCGCACGCUUAUUCAAUGACAUGCGACAGGCAACCUCCCCAGUUCACAUCAUCAUUCAUGACUUCGCCGCAAACAUUGUGAUGCUCGUGGCUGGCUUUGUGAUCUGUUUGCAGAGUUCCUGGCGCCUCACUGUCUUGGCCUUCACCGUGCUGACUCCGGUGCUGCACAUCUCCAGGGAAUUCAGCCGCUGGGCGAGGAAGCUCAUGGCGUCGCAGCAUACUUUCAUUUGUGACGCUCAUGGCUGCGCCAUCCAAGCUUUGACAAACAUUCGCACUGUGAGGACCUUUGGUGCCAAGGGCAUGGAGCUGGAAAAGUUUCAGUUCCACAUGCAGAAGUUCAAAGACCUGGGUGUGAAGUCUGCCUGGGGCGAAGGAAGCUCAAAUCUACUCUCUACGCUGGUGCAGCAGGGUGCCUCCUUCAUCAUCCUGUGGUAUGGAGGCCACCUUGCCUUGAAGCAGGAGUUUCCGGUUGGUGCCAUCAUCACCUUCACAUACUUGUGGAAUCGGCUCAGUACCGCAUUUACUUCCUUGACAGACAACCUAAACGAGCCGGUGAAGGCAGUAAGUGCAGGCCAACGUGUCUUUGAGCUGAUGGACUUGGAGCCUGAUAUUGCAGAGGAAGGAGGGGAGCCCUUCCCAUCAUCGAAAGUUGGCAUCAGCUUCCGAAAUGUGGACUUCAGCUACCAGUGCCGACCAGACAAGAAGGUUUUGGGUGGAGUCACGCUUGAUCUUGAGGCCGGCAAGACCACGGCUGUGGUUGGCAAGAGCGGCUGCGGCAAGUCCACAUUGAGCAAGCUGCUGCUGCGCUUCUACGACCCUGUGAAGGGCGCAGUUUAUCUCAACGGAGUCGACUUGCAGCAGCUCCACCUCUUGCAGUACCGCGCCAACGUUGGAGUCGUGUCGCAGGAUACACAGCUCUUCCGGAGCUCUGUGUCAGAGAACAUCACUUAUGGACUCCGUGCAACGGAGUACACCCUGCAGGAUGUCGAGCGCGCAGCUUCGCUUGCCAACGCCGACGAGUUCAUCAGAUCUCUUCCCGAAGGCUACAACACCAUGGUAGGUGAGAGUGGCCACGAUCUCAGUGGUGGUCAGAAGCAGCGCCUAAGCAUCGCACGAGCCUUGGUAAGACGGCCGCGCAUCCUCUUACUGGAUGAAGCCACGUCAGCGCUGGACGCGGAGAAUGAGGCCAUGGUCCAGGAAGCUCUUGACUCUCUCAUGCAGCAGAUGCAAGGGGCUUGCACCAUCAUGGUCAUUGCUCACCGUCUCUCAACCAUCAAGAAUGCCGACCACAUUAUUGUUUUGCACGAGGGGGCCGUCGUGGAGCAGGGCACGCAUGAAGAAUUGCUGCAAAACGACGGCAACUACGCCAGCAUGAUCUCCCGCCAACUACAUGGCGACAGCGGCCCCAAGACGUUGGAGCAAGCGAUGGAGGACUUCACUCGUCUCGUCGAGGCUGUGCCUGCAGAGCAGCGCAACCAGCUGCUAAUUGACAUUAUCAACCUCGCAAAAGGUAUGGCAUCCUGA